AUGAAGGAUGAAGGGGCCGACUCAGGAACAGCAAGUAGUAGAAGAAGUGAUUGUCCAAAAGGCGCGAACUACGAUGUGUUCUUGAGUUUUCGAGGUCCCGACACCCGCGAUGGAUUUGCGGAUUGCCUCUACGAGUUCAUGACCCGCGAAGGGAUCCGCGUUUUUAGGGACGAUGAAGAAAUACGGCACGGCGAGGAGAUCGGUGGGCAGAUUCUGCAAGCGAUACAGGACACCAAAAUCUACAUACCCAUCUUCUCCAUCGGAUAUGCUUCGAGUAGAUGGUGCCUCCGCGAGCUCGCGGGCAUGGUGGAGCGUGCUUAUCCAGAUUCUUCGGGAGGACCAACAGGGCAUGAGAUCCUUCCUAUAUUUUACGAUGCAGAACCCUCGGAUCUUAAGCUCGAAACGAAACUGUACAGAGACGCUUUAAGGAAGCAUGAGAGGGAGCGAGGCCGUCACGUGGUGAACCCUUGGAAGGAGGCUUUAAGAAAGGUUGCUGAAAUCAAGGGAUGGCAGGUUAAAGGUCAACGCCAUGGCAAAGUCCUUAAAGAUAUCAUUCAAGAGGUUUCUCGUAGGAUGACGACAAGAGAGAGAAUUGUGCCUGAUGAUUUGGUUGGAAUCACUGACAGGGUAGAAGCCAUUAAGAAGCCGUUAGAUUUAACUUGUGCUGAUAUCCGAUUCGUUGUAAUCUACGGCAUGGGUGGCAUCGGAAAGACCACUCUUGCCAAGGUAGUCUUCAAUCAAUUCUCUCCUCUAUUUCAAGGUUGGAGCUUUCUUCCUGAUAUCCGAGAAUCGUCAUCUCGAUGCGAUGGCAUUGUAAAAUUGCAAAAGAAACUACUGUUGGACCUUUUCAUCGUCACAUUUCCAGAGACCUUUGACGUGGACGAAGGAGUAAAUAUGAUGAAACAUAGACUGCCUAACAAAAGAGUCAUGAUCGUUCUCGAUGAUGUGGAUGAUCGAGAUCAACUCAUGCAACUAGCAGCAAAACCUGAUUGGUUUUGUCCGGGAAGUAGGAUCAUUAUCACGGCUAGAGACGCUAGUGUGUUACCUACAGCUAAGGUGGAAGGUCUAGAAGAAAAUGUCUUAACGCAGUCUAUAAAGAUUUAUACUUAUGGAAUGGAGGAGUUACACUCUGAUCAUGCUCUACAACUUUUUAGCAAGUGA